GGAGCCGUUUGUCUGGUCGAUCUCAUAUUGACCAUUUGACUAGGAGUCGUUUCUGAUCAUAUUUACAAAUUUACUACAGCCAUGCCUUAAUUUUACCAUUAUUAAGUUGCUUUUAAGUAUACUGCUCACGAAUAUUUGCCUAUAUGCAAAUGCUUUGAGGGAAACGCAUGCUUUAAACUCCGUCUUGAUUGGCGCUGUUUUUGUCGGUGUUGACUUCAAUUCCGAUUAAAAAUCAGUAAAAAUGGACGGCAACAUGUACCAGUCAUACGGCACUGGCCUGACACCACAGCACCAGCAGAGUCCAAUGAUGUCACCAGCUCUAGGGGGUUUUGGACUUACCCCAAAACCAGUUAUGCCUCCUUCCAAUGCUCCAAGUCUGUAUCCACCAACCCCUACACCAGGUGGGCCGAUGACACCCCCGAUGACACCCAUAUCACCUGCUACACCAGCAUCAGAAGCAGCAAGCCUCAUGCCUCUAAGACCACAAUUACAAAAUAUUGUGUGUACUGUAAAUUUGGGAUGCAAGUUAGAUCUGAAGAAAAUUGCACUUCAUGCAAGAAAUGCUGAGUACAAUCCAAAACGUUUCGCUGCUGUUAUUAUGAGAAUCCGAGAUCCUCGCACGACAGCUCUUAUUUUCAGUUCUGGAAAAAUGGUGUGCACUGGGGCAAAAAGUGAGGAACAAGCUAAGCUGGCAGCAAGGAAAUAUGCAAGAAUUGUACAAAAGCUUGGUUUUCCAGCAAAAUUUCUGGAUUUCAAAAUCCAAAAUAUGGUCGGAAGCUGUGAUGUGAAAUUUCCAAUCCGGUUAGAGGGUUUAGUGCUCAGUCACGGCCAGUUCUCUACCUAUGAACCUGAGUUAUUCCCAGGUCUUAUUUACAGAAUGGUGAAGCCUAGAAUUGUAUUGUUGAUAUUUGUCUCGGGAAAAGUUGUGUUGACAGGUGCCAAAGUGAGAGAGGAGAUCUAUGAAGCAUUUGACAACAUCUACCCUAUAUUAAAGGGUUUUAAGAAGCAAUAGUAGUGCAUACCAGUCCCUGUUAUUAUGUACAUAUCAAGGAUCAUUAUCAUUUCAUCAUAAGUGUACUAGUUUGUACGGACAAGAUGCCAUGACUUGAUAAACUGUUUUGCCAUUUAUUAUGUUAGCUGAAAUUUUAUGAUAAAGACAUCAGGAUUUAGAUCUGGAAGAAAAAGACAUUUACUAAAAAGAUGGGAUUGAUGUCAUUGAUGAUGAAAUUAUAUGGUCAACAUAGUCUGAAUUGUUCAGUCAUUCUCUUUUGGUUUUUUUUAUAUAUCAAUCAAAAUUGUUCAGGCUACUGUGUUAAUGGCUGGUAGUGCUGUAGGGGUUUACAGUUGUCAGCACAUUAAACUUGGGUAUGAGAUAUUUCAUGGACUUUAUAUUAUUGAAUUGAGAUUUUAUUCAUGAUUAUUUGCAAACACACUUUAGAAAGAUAAUGUAUCAGUAUUUGAUGAGUGACAGAAUAUGAUGAUCAUGGUGCCUUUUGCAAGUAAUUAUGCAGGUGAGUGUGAGAUAUGAUACGUAUGUUAAAUUUGAAAUAUUUGGUUACAAACAUUGGAAUGUGAGAGGUAUUUUAUUCGGAUGAAGAAUUGAUGUGCAAAAUUUCAGAACAGAAUGGUGUGAUGAGAAGUUCUGUAUGUUAUUACCAAAGAUUGGUAGGUGUGUCAGCCUAAGAACGUUUUAUUUGACCAAAAUAUGUUGUGUUUCUGAAGAGUGUGUUGGUUGGUAUGCAUGUUUACAAAUUCUUAAAUGUUCCCCAAGUGAUUCCUGUUAACCUAAGGCUAAAACAAUUACAUUGUGUAUCUUAUUUCCAAAGAAACCUGCCAAAUUCAUAUUUAUGGUUGUUUUGAACUGAUAACUCUGAUGUUUCUUAUAAAGACACCAAAUUGACUAAAAGUCACUGACAAAGACCCAGACUAGAUUGAUGACAACAAUUUAUUAUUAAGACACACAAACUGAUGAUAAAAUUUAGAAAGUACAGUACAGAAGAACUUAUGGAGGGUAUCAAGUGAUUUAAAUUAUUUGAUGAUGUUGGUAAAGGGGAUUCCCCAUCGUUAAUUGUAGUUAUUUAUUUUUCAAUAAAGUUUUCUUUAACAGAUGACUUUCUCUUAAUGUUCUCAUGUAUAAAAUACCAUAAAAGUGUUUAAGCAGUUGGACUUGGCAUGAAUUUCCAACCAAACAGUCAGUAUAUUGUAUAUAUAUAUAUAUGUACACAAGCACAGUGGGUUGUGAAUUAAUGUUAAGUUCCUGUGCUUACAAUUAUGUAUAAGGUUUUUGUCAGAUACAUGUAUACAGUAUACAGGUAAAGUUACAAAAACACACAAAUGAUUUUGAUAAUUACUGCAAUGGGUAUGGUAUAAAAUUAUGUGUAUUCUAUUGUCCAGAAAGAAAUCAAACCAAACGGGUGACCAUUAUGUACGUACGAUGUAGAAAUAUGAGCUCAAUUAGAAGACACCCACUUACUAUUUUCUUCUUAUUGUUUUCAGUUGCAUUUUUUUCAACUUGCUGUGUAAUGUACAGCACUUUUUCAGAAAUGAUAUUGUGUAAUUGUUAUAUUUUUUUCCAUUCAGGAUAACUAGCAUUGAAUGGUAUGUAAUUGAUACUGAUAUGCAUAACUUUCUUUUAAAAAGUUAUUUAGAAUGAAUAUUGGUCACUCUGUCAUCUCUUAAACUAUUGUCCUCACCAGAAUUUUAAUAUGAUUAGGUUGGAAUUCUAGGAGACAGAAAACAGUUUUUUUACCUUCAGUAAUUACUGAUCUACAAACCAUUUCCUUAUCUCAAUAUUGGGCUUUGUGCUGUGUGUAGAUAUUGUAUAUUUUAUGUGAAAACACAAAACUUUCCUUGAAUCCAUUUUAAGGAAUCAAUUAAUUUAGUACUCUUUGAAAAGAAAUGUGUGUAUUGUUGGAUAAACAGAGUGCUGAGAGGAUCAUGUGUAUCAGAUAUUGAAUAAAUAAUGUUAAAAUACUAAA